AUGGAGAAUCGCAUUGAAUUGGAAUUACGCGGGCGUCGGCCAUCAGAGGUGCACGAAUUGUAUUUAGACAAUUGUCGAGCCACCAGUAUUGCUGGCUUGAACGAAGAGUUCACAUCGCUACAAACUCUGUCGAUGAUCAACGUUGGACUCACCUCUCUUAAGGGUUUACCUGCACUGAACUCAUUGAAGAGACUUGAAGUGUCGGAUAACAGGAUCGCAGGUGGCCUAGAAGUGCUUCAUGGUUGUCCUAAUUUGACACAUUUGGUGCUGUCAGGCAAUAAAAUUGCAGACAUUCAAUCUCUAGCGCCACUCACCGAACUCAAGAAUCUCAUAUCACUCGAUUUGUUCAAUUGCGAUGUUUCACAUGCUGACAAUUACAGAGCAGACGUUUUUAAAGCUCUUCCGAAUUUGAAAUACUUGGACGGUUUUGAUGAGAAUGAUGAGGAGAUCGAAUCCGAUGAUGACGAUAAUGAUCUUGGUGAUGGGGACGAGGAUUCUGAAGAAGAUCAGGGUGACGAAGAGGAUUCUGAAGUUGGACUUGACUAUUUACAAAGUUCAAAUGUUGUUGAGGAUGAGGAUGAAACAGAAGAUUUUACCCCUGCGGAGGGCGAUGAGGAACAGUCAGACGAAGAAGACGAAGAUGGAAAUCGUGGUACAAAGCGGAAACACGAUGAUGAAGAGGAUUAA